CGAAUGGGCCAGCCUUCAGAUGGCGAGGCUGCAAGAAUGCCGAAACCGCUCUGCAAGCCUUCGGGAUGUGAGCAGCCGCACCUCCGGACAUUAUUGAGCUGUGAGUUGCUAGGCAACGCCAUACCAACGAGCAGGGCGGCCAGAAUGCACCAAGAAUAUGUGAGAAUAUCCAUCCCAGGUGAGGCCGUUCAAUAGCCCCAGAGACGGUAUACUUGAAACAGUCCGCUGUGAGGAUGCGGUUGUUGUCACAUGCCCAAGCACGCUGCUUCAAGAAAAAAAGGGGGCGGGAGAAAUUUCGUGGCCGGGGCACAAGACGGUGUAGCGGUACAUCGAUGUUCGAGGCGUUCAAGAAGACGUGGUCGUCUGGAUCUGGUUUCUUAAGAGCUCUACAUUUAUGAGGUGAUGUGGUUGAGUUGAUCGAAUGCGUAGGACGGCUGCACUUCACGGUAAGAUAUCGGCAACGCAGGGUUUCAGUUGAAGGACACUUCCAGGCGGUGAGCGCGUGGGCAACCAAAUGCAGCGGAGACAUUCCACUCCAGCCAGUGUUCCAGAACGAAUAUCGAUAUAUGAGCGUGGCCGAUAACAACCUCGAGGCCACUGGCAAAAAAGGGGACAAUCACUAUCCUUCACCUUGCGUUGGGCUAAACCUCACCAACGCCCGGGCAACAGCCACUGCAGCGCCGCACACAACCGCGCUCUCAGUGCUCAAAAACAAAUCUCAAACGACCAAAAAAAAACGAAGGAACUGACCACACCAGGAUUCGAACCCUCGACCAUCAACCAGAUCGACAAAAACUUUUUCCACGAACCCCUGUGAUAUGGGGGUCGUGGGAAGUGAAACCCGGGAUCGUUGGGUUUUUUCUUGCCUCGGACGGCUCGUUGAUUGGUGUCACUCCGGGUUCGCUGGAGUUUUAUUCGCAUUGAUCGUCGGUAUACCGCUGGUUGGCGUCACCCCGGGUUCGCAGGAGUUACGGUCGCGGUUCGAUUUCGCCCAGUCGAUAGCUGCCACACACCUUUGUUGACCGGCUAGCCGAUUAAGCCAAGGUGGCUUGACCUGCACUAUCGGUGCUGGGGGUCUUUGCGUUAUUGUUAGUGAAAUCCGUCGACAAUAUUAAUAUGCUUGUGUUUUUUGAAAUUGGGUUGCCGCUAGUUCAAGUUGCCGUGGUACCUAGGUAGGUAUUCACUGCAGUGACGAGUCUAGAUCACAUGCCUGCCUCAAUCUUUAGCCUCAGCUUCAGGCUUCAGCCAGAUCUGGUCGGCUUGCCUACGAGGGCACUGCAGGCCCAGUCCUCAGAACUAUUCAGGAUGUUGGCACCUGACGCCGGUACGCCUGGGAACCUAUAUCUUCCUGCUGCAUUAUGUCCUCUUUACAACUUUACAACUCUUACACCAGCACCAGUACGAGUACCAGUACCCACAACAACGUGCCCUUCUCUUCUGGCACUGCAGAACUUGAAGGUCCUACUGUUUUACUGUUUCUUUUGUCAGGCUCGUUCGUCUGCUGUACUAUCGAGGUCUACGACAUCAUGGCAGGAGUUGGAAACAGAACGCUCCAAUCGGCACACUAUCCCAACCCUGCAAUCUGCCUGCCUGCAAUCUAGAGAGUGAGUAGCAAGUAUCCUUCUUUCUCCGCGAUGGUACCACUACCUCUUCAUCUUUUGCCGCCAGAAACACGUCCUUGCUCCAGAUAGUCAAGGACCAUCAGACUUUAUCGAGGAGCGGUGGUUUGACAGUCUCCCCACGACGUUGCUCAGCCAUUUGCCUGUGGGCGCUGAAAGGGGGAAUAUACAUAUGAAUAUGAGAUGAUACAGGCUCUCUGUGUCGGUUUAAAUCAUAAGUAGAUAGAUAGCCAAAAUGAAACAGGUGGCAAUAGACUAGCUACCAGUACUAGAAGACAAACACA